AUGACCGUGCACGUUAAGGAAGCCAUCUCGCGUCUUGAGAACAAGCGCGUUAAGCGUAUUAGACCUCUUAUUCCUCCCCAGAUCCUCCAGGAGGAUCUACCUCUGACCUUGUCCGCCGUCGAGACGGUGAUUAAUGGCAGACGAUCGACAGAAGAUAUUCUGCACGGUAACAGCGACAAGCUCGUUGUCGUCGUUGGGCCCUGCUCAGUGAAUAACGUCGAAGCAGCUCUCGAAUAUGCACACAAGCUCAAAGCCUACGCCGACUCUGCAAAGGACGACUUACACAUCAUUAUGCGCGUUUAUUUCGAGAAGCCCCGCACAACAGUUGGCUGGAAGGGUCUUAUUAACGACCCGGACAUGAAUGGCACUUUCAGUAUAAACAAAGGACUCCGGCUUGCACGUCAGCUGCUUCUUAACAUCACAACGAUUGGAUUACCCGCGGGCUGCGAGUUCCUUGAUACUAUAAGCCCACAGUAUACUGCUGAUCUAGUAUCGUGGGGUGCGAUCGGUGCACGCACGACAGAGUCGCAAGUGCAUCGCGAACUCACAAGUGCAUUGAGUAUGCCCACGGGAUUCAAGAACUCUACGGACGGCAGUGUAGGCAUUGCAGUCGAUGCAUGCCGCGCAGCGCGUGAAGGCCACGUCUUCCUCUCCGUCGGAAAGGAAGGGUUGAGCAGUAUAGUGGAAACUGAAGGAAACUCGGAUGUUCAUAUUAUCCUCCGCGGCGGAUCAAAAGGCCCUAAUUACGAGGCCGAGUACGUACGUGACUGCGCGGAGAAGUUGAAAAAAGCUGGAUUGCCGCAGAAGAUUAUGAUCGAUUGCAGCCACGGAAAUAGCUCCAAACAGCACCAGAGACAACUCAUUGUAGCAGACGAUAUUGCGAACCAACUUGCAUUCGGCGAUACAGCCAACAACAUCAUGGGCGUUAUGAUCGAAUCCAAUCUCGUCGAAGGUCGACAAGACAUUCCUUCAUCAGGUCCCUUAGGCCUCAAAUACGGUCAGUCAGUAACAGAUGCGUGCAUCUCGUGGGAACAGACCGUCGGCGUUCUGGAUCGCCUGCGUCAAGGGGUACAGGGCAGGAGGGAAAAUGUACGCCGGAAGGCACGAGGGCUGGAAGAGCUGAAAGCCCCACCUGUCAAUGGCAUCGUGAAUGGCGUGAACGGUCAAGUGGAGGCUGAGGCAUAA